GCUAAAAGUAUUGGUGUUUUAUUAGUAAAAAUAUUAAAUUUUAAUUAUAAAUACGUGAUCCUCGAAUAAUUACUAAAACCUUUAGUAAUCGAAUGCGGUUUGGAGGGAGCGGCCAUUUCAAAAAAUCUUUUUCCUUCUGAAAUAUUGAGCAGGGACUAGAAAAAUGAAUGAAAAUAUUGCAAGUGGAGAAAUUAUUACUGGUGUGGAUGCAGAAUUUUUGAUUACCAAAGAAUAUUUAUGCAGUUAUUGAAUAUAUAGUAAUUAUACAGAAAUUCUAUAUUAUUAGACUGGAUAAUUAAUUCAUCACUUUCAGGAUUGAUGAACGUUAGGAGAGUGAGGCAUAGCUUGUUCAGUGAAACGUAUAAUAACUUGUUAUCCACUUUCAUCCAUUGACGUCACUCUACUUGGUAAGUAAAAUAGUUGAGGGAUGUGGAGUUCACGAAUUGGUAGUUGGCCAAAUUCAGUGAAAUUUAUGUUGUGGAACGAGAUAAAUAGUCGUCGCAACAUUAUUUCAACCUUAUCCAGCUAAUCUGAUUAAAUUUACAACUCAACUCCUAUGCAACAUGGAAAAGUUUCCACGAGCCUUUCAAUGGGGUCUACUAGCCAUACUAAUUCUUGGGGUGAGAUGCGAAAUGGAAUACGAGGACCCAUUAUUGGCCCAUAUCCCUGAAGUGAUUGACCGACUUCCCCCCUCCAAGUUAAGCGGUGAGUACUAUGGCGGGAUCCCGAUUAAUUUUGGAAACACGAUAACUCCACUGCAACUCAACAAUACUCCGACCUCCCUCCGUUGGAGAGAAGAUAAGCCAGGGCAAUUCUACGUGUUGAUGAUGCUAGAUUUGGACGGACCAACGCCGGAAAAUCCUACAACUAGCCCCGUAAAUCACUGGAUGGUGGGAAAUAUUAAGGGUGGGAAGGACAAUUCUUGGCGGAGUGGAACAGUUUUGGCAGAGUAUUUCGGACCACGGCUGACGGAAGAAAUGGGCAUCCAUCGAUUCGUGUUCCUCGUAUAUGAGCAACCCUCCGGUGGAAAAAUCGCAUUUACUGAGACAUCCCAGUGGACCUAAUUUGGCACGGAUAAAUUUUGAUUAUCGCGCAUUUGCAAGAAAGUAUGGUCUUGGGGAACCGUUUGCUGUAAACUAUUUUCGAUCCUUUUUUGUCGCCGGGGAAUUUGAAGUUGAAGUUUGAUUAAAAAACGUCGAUAAGAAUACGUGGAAAACGGCUGAUGCAAGACGUUACAAGUUUUUGCUUUAAUAUGUAUAAUAAAUUAUUACAUUUGCAUUAUUAGGCAAUUUUUUUGGGGGUCGAGCAAGAAUGCACCCAGUCUAAGUAGCCAAAGUAAUAAAUUGCAUAUGUAAAAAAGCACGGCUAAUGCAAAUUGUUAUAAAAUUUGGUCACUUUUUUAUUUACUUCUUUCUCAUCGUCAUCUGCUUUUGGGCAUUAAAAUUGGAGGCAAUUUUACUAAUAUUUUGGAAAAUAAUGAACACUAUUCAAUGAUGCAAUUAUAUAUUUUACCAUCUUGUAUUUAUUACUAAUUUUCAAUUUAGCAUGAAUCUCACAUCCAGGUUCAAUUUGAGGCGAGUUACUUUUGUAAGGUUUUCUCUCCAAAGUUUUAACUUAUUCCUAGAAAUAUGAACUACUACAGGACAGGUUCCUCUUUGUCCCCGUAGCCAUUGAGACGACGGGAGUAUGGGGCAAGGAGGGCCUGUCCCUUAUCAAGGAAAUCGGAUCAAGAAUCACCGAGAUCACGGAGGAGAAGAGGGCAACAUCUUUCCUCCUUCAGAGAAUGAGUAUUGCUGUGCAGCGUGGUAAUGUGGCUGCAAUAUUGGGAUCUCUUCCAGCCGGACAAGAGCGGGACGAGAUAUUUUUAUUUUAAAUAUGCGACGAAAUGUAGGUUAAUUAGGUUAGUUUUUUAAGCACUCAGCCCAGAAAUCAGCCCCGUAGCGAGCCAA